AAAUCAGAUAGUUUUGUUUCUUUAAGGGUCCAAUAUUCUAUUAAUGUUAAUUUAAUCGCUUGCAAUUUUCUCAAUGAGCACUGUCAAAUGUUAACUAAUCGUUGACUGUCGAUUAAAACCAGAUAGCCUUUAGUGUAUCAACAAGCAGCCAGUUUCAUAAGACCUUAAUCAAAAAACAAGUACAAGUUCAUAACAUAACAAAAAGAAACAUAAAGACUUAAAAAUUAAGAAGGAAAUAAAACAGCUGUAACAAACGAUUUGAGUUAAAAAUAAUCGCUAACAUCAAUGAAGAUAAAGAAGAAUGUUUAGUAUGAAAAUUAGUAUCUUGUACGCAUUUAUUUUCUUCAUCCGCUGUACAGUUAAUGGAACAACUGCAGAUAGAAGUUUUAUAAAUUGUCCUAGUCCCAGGCCACCAGAAAAUACUAUAAUUGCUCAAGUUUUAAGAUCGAGCUCUAACAUUUUUAAUUCUGACUACCUUGAACACGAUAAAGUAUACUUUCAAUGCAAGGAUGGUUAUUCCAACAUUGAUAUAAACUCAUUGAUGUAUGCAACAUGUGCAUCAAACGGAAAAUGGUUUCCCCCAACUGACAUAUUAGGAAAAUGUGUUCUUGAUCAUCAGAUCUCACAAUGUCGAGAUGGUUUUUUUCGUUGCCGAAAAAGUCGUAGUUGUAUUGAAAAACACAAAAAAUGUAACUGUGAACAAGAUUGCGAAGACGGUUCGGACGAAGAAAAUUGUCUUGAAAGGCGCAGGUAUUAUUUUGUUCCGUCACGUGGUAAAGAUAGUAAUGGGAUCAUAACAAGUCCAGGUUUUCCAAAAAGUUAUCCUAAAAAUUUCUCAUGUACAUACUAUUUUAACACAAUGAAAAACCACCACGUUGAGUUAUUCUUUGAAGAGUUCCAGCUUCCUAAUAGAUCUUUUAACGAAUGCACGGACUAUUUAUCUAUUGGCAUGGUUCAAACCAAAACAAAGCGUUUUCCGAUGGGGGAAAAGAUUUGUGGUCAUGAUUUAUAUUUUAAGUUUUUGCAUUCCAAUAAAACAAGAAUAGUAAUUAAAGUUGACCUAGGAACUAAUAGCGUUAAACUCAACAAUAAAGACCGCGUUCCUAAAGGAUAUUCAUUUACAUGGCGAGUCCGUUAUAAUGAGCUUGUUAAGAAUCAUUUAAACAUGCUCGGUGAAAAGUUCCCAACAACAAAAAAAACUAUACCAAACAAUGAAAACCUGUAUACCAUAAUAACUCCAGUUGCGAUCACGUUUGUGCUUUCUAUCUUACUUAUAGCUUUCCUAUAUUAUUACAAAAAAACAAAAACUAAAAACAAUAAAAAAGAAGAAAAUAAAACUGAAAAUAAUCUAUUUAAAAAACAGUCACUAAUUGAAGAACAUUUAGAUAAAACAUAUUUUGCAAUUGUUAAGAAAAACGGGUUACUGCGUAAUUCGUUAAUUGGAAACCAUAACAAAAAAAACAAUUUAAAAUCUACAAAAAACGAAAAAUGUAAUCUUCCUCAACAAUCUUUUUUUGUAAAGCAACCUUUAUGCAAUUCAAAUGAUGUUAGCCGUUCAAACUCUGAAAUGUCUUCUGAAGAUAUGAGAUACGUUCAGUGUUACGAUCUUCAGACGAACCAUUAUUAUUCUGUAGUGGUAACACCACAAUUAAAUUUUAGUGCACCAUCUAGUACAGACUCGUUAAAUAAGAGCACACAUUGUUGGUGUAAUCAAAAUCCUCCUACAAGGUUGUUACCAGUAGGACAGGAAUACGGAGAGCUAGACAUGCAACAUAUGUUUCCAGAUUUCGAACAAUAUAACAAAUGUUAUAGUGAUAUAAAUUAUCCCAUGGGUAGCGAAGAAAACAUUGCUUUUGCUGAACUUUAUAAAAUGUAUAACCCGAAUAUAUGUGGAAAACAUAACUUUGAAAAUCUUAAAAAUAGUAUAGACAAUUCUUCAACAUUACUAGAUUACAAUAAUAGACAAAAAAGAUUUAAUUUUGAUACAAAAUUCCUUGCACAUGACUGUUCUGAUUGUAGCAAUUUUCUUGCUAGCAACUGCGCUGAUGCCAAGAAUUUUAAUAAUCUAAAAUAUUCACAACGAACCUUUGUUUGUAAUGGUCACACGACAAACCAUUGUUUAUAAUUGUUUAUAGAGAACAUUUUUUGAUUGAAGUAAAAAAUAUUUAUAUAUAUAGUUAAACAUAAUUAUUUUGUAAAUAAAAAAUAGCUUUCUUUGAUAGAAUAAUAACAUU